AUGCAACGUCGUAAUAGAAGGUCACCUCAGUACAUUGAUGGGGUGAGGGAAUUUAUCUUGUUUGCUCGUGAUCAUAUGAAACCAGGGGCAGAUAAGAUUUGGUGGGUGUAUCAUGGGGAAGGUUUUGAGUUGAAUGAUAAUGAUGACUCACAAAAUGAAAAUGACGAAUAUCUCGACAAUGUGACAGAGAAAUCAAAUAGUCCCAAUACUGAGGUGCGAGAAGUUAUUCAUGACAUACGAAGUGGAACAACCACAUUUGGUUAUGUGGGAGAAGCAUCUAGUAGUCGUAAUCCUGACUUACCAAGUAGUUGUGGUGGAGAAACAAAUAAAUUUGCAAGAUUAAUGAGGGAUGCGGAGCAAGAUUUGUAUCCGGAUUGCCAACGAUUCUCCAAACUAUCAUUCAUGGUUAAGUUGCUACAUCUAAAGAUAUUUAAUAGAUGGAGUAACAAAUCACUCACGAUGUUGCUGGAAUUGUUGAAGGAGGCACUUCCCAUUGGUGAAACGCUUCCAUGCUCUUACAAUGAGGCUAAACAAAUAAUUCAAGAUUUGGGCCUCGACUAUCAAAAAAUACAUGUAUGCAAGAACGAUUGUGCACUUUUUUGGAAGGAGUAUGAAAAUGAAGAUGAGUGUCCUACUUGUAAAGCGCCAAGAUACAAAGUUCGUAAAGGUAAAGGUAAAGGUAAAAAGAUCCCUCACGAGGUUCUGCGAUACUUUCCUUUAAAACCAAGGCUACAAAGGCUAUUCAUAUCAAGGAAGACGGCUACUGAUAUGAAGUGGCACAGGGAUAAACGUGUAGAGGAGGAAAAUGUAUUGCGUCAUCUGGCUGAUUUUGAAGCAUGGAAAGACUUUGACAAAAAGCAUGAGUCUUUCGCCAAAGAUCCGCGUAACGUUAGGCCCGGACUAGCUAGCGAUGGUUUUAACCCGUUUGGAAACAUGAGUAACUCAUAUAGCAUAUGGACGAUUUUUCUUGUCCCAUACAAUUUACCACCAUGGAAAUGUAUGAAGGAUCCAUUUUUUAUGAUGCCUUUGCUUAUUCCUGGGCGUAGGGCUCCCGGGUUUGACAUUGAUGUGUUUUUACGGCCAUUGAUAGAUGAGUUAAAGGAGUUAUGGGAGGUAGGGGUAGAAACAUACGAUGCAUCAAAUGGCCAAAGUUUUCAAUUACGUGCCGCAUUGUUAUGGACCAUCAACGAUUUCCCUGCAUAUGGUAACUUAUCCGGUUGGAGCACCAAAGGGAAAUUGGCUUGUCCUUCAUGUAAUGAGGAUGCAUCUCACCAAUACUUGCAUCAUUGGAAGAAAACUUGUUACACGGGACAUCGUCAUUUUUUGCCGCAUAAUCACGUUUUACGAAAAAGCAAGGCAUUCAAUGGUGAGCCAGAGCAUAGAUCGAAACCCAAGUUGUUGUCUGGGGAGGAGGUUUUGGGACAAUUGGAGCAUCUUGACUCGACAAUAUUUGGGAGGAUAGAUGAACGUGGGAAGAAGCGAAAACGUUCUCCUUAA